UAAGACAAAUUCCAGCUUUUUUAUUCUGUGUUCUGGUUUGGGGAAGGAUACGUUAAGGGGGAGGAAAGAAGUUUGUUAAGCAUUGGAGAAAAAUAUAGUGAGACAGGCAGGAAAGUUUAAAAUUUCUGCUCCUAGAUUUGCCAGGAAGAUUCUAGGAUUUUAAAGAAGGAAAUAAAUAACUACCAAGGGGAGUCAUUCCUUUUACUUAUCCCCAAAAGGUUACAACUUAGUUGGUCUUUACCGGAAAAUCAUGACAGAAGUUCCAAAGGCAUCCACUCUGACUGAGUACAAUGGCAACAUGUCACCUGAAAAAGAGAUCACUGAAAUUAGUGAUGAGGUUUUCAUCCCUGAUGACCUCAGUAAAUGCCAUGAUGCAGAUCUAAGUCUUGAAGAUUCUUUCCCCAAAGGAAAUCUGGAAGAAAGCAAAUAUUCUCGAGCAAGCAUGAUCUGCAAUGAUUUGGCUGUCUUUGAAGAGAAGAAACAUCGAGAAGGGUAAAAAAAAACAGAGGAGGACAACUUUACUGUUCACAAGAGAAUAGCAAGCUUCUCCCUCAAGGAAACAAGAGCUGAUGAAAUGACAUCAGAGGAUGGACUUCAGUGGGAGAAGAUUCCUCCCCAUGGAAAAGUCCAUGAAACAACCAGACAGAAGGAAGGUGGCAUGGAGAGACUUCCAGAAGGAAGAGGUGGUGGAGUUAGGAAAAAUGAAGAAUUCCAGGUAGCAAAAGCAGAAGCUAACUUGCAAUGGCUGGAAUCUCAACGACCUAACAAAGAUAGAAUGAUGAUGUCCAAACAGGAUGAGGAAGUAGAGGAUGGUGAGCAGGAGAUAGAUAAUGAUGAGGAUGGUGACGAUGAUGAAGAAGAUGAAGUACGGGUGAUUGAAUUUAAGAAAGGAAAUGGAGAAGCUUCUCACCUCAAGGAGGAAGGCAAUGGCAGUAACGACUCCCCUCUGAGUAGCCCCAGUUCACAUCCUAUGACACCAGAGGAGCUCCCAGCCUUGGGGAAGAAGAAUGAUAUUUCCAGAUAUACUUAUUCAAGAUACAACACAAUAUCCUAUCGGAAAAUUAAAAAGGGGAACACAAAGCAGAGAAUUGAUGAAUUUGAGUCCAUGUUGCAUUUAUAAUUUACUUCCUUGAGACAUUUCAUUGCCCAUCCUACUGGAGUCAUCUUUUUUUUUUCAUAUAUAAAUUCAUAGUGUCUGGUGGAAGCUUAACCUCUUGUCUUUCAUUUGAAAAUUGUGUUCAAGUAGCCAUAGGAAGAAAACUCCAAUUUGGUUAUCUUAAGUCAAGCAGCAUUAGGUUUCUUCACUUACUUAACAGGAUUUAUAUAGUUUAAAACUUUACUAAUGCAUCAUCCUGUACAUCAAGAACCAAAGUGAAUCUGAUAAUGAUCUGGCCACAUAAUUGGGAAAGGUAGCAAGUGAAGUAACCAAAGGAACAAGAUGGCUUUGCAAGGCUAUGUCUCUGUCUUGAAGUCUUUCUAGUUGUAAAUCUAAAAAGCUUGGAAAGCCUGAUAUGAAACUUCAGAAAUUUAUAGUUGUUGGAGAGUUCAAAUGAAGCACAUUGUUUCAUCGAAUCCCAUAAAGAAUCUUCAAGGUCUCUUCCUCCUUCCUUCACAUUGUCCUCUUGUGAUGUGAAACUGUUAUCUUGGACUUCUGAACAGUGAAAAUUCUAUAUGCCCAGUCCCUUCGUGUUACCAUUCAUUGUGUCCCCUCACUGGAGGGGCUGAGCAGCUGUCAGCCGGGAGAAUUCCGUUUGGUAAAUGUUGGUAUUAUGUUCACCAUUGAAUCCAUCUCAUUGUAAGGCUGAUGUAUUGGGACAAGACAGAAGAGAAGUGGGCACCAGACCAAAGAGUUGCAUUGAAUGUUUUUACUUCUGUGGUGGUGUUUUUGUUUUGUUUUGUUUAUCUAGGAAAUCUAUGCUAGUAGUUAUAUUCCCUUCAAACAAAGAUGAAAAUAUUAGAAUGAUUAAAAAAAAUAAAGCCUCUCUUUCGUUCUGUGCCUUCACUCAUUAACAUGGACUUGGGAAAAUUUCUAAGUAAUUCAACCCAAUUUUACUGUUUACCAUGAGAGAGGAAAUAAUUACCUUUCCAUGUUUUCUAUAUAGAACCUAAAUGAAUAUUUUCAGUGGUAUUUUUUACUGAUACCUGGAACCAAUAAGCUAAUAGAAUAUUUAACUUAUUAGUCUUGAGAUGCUCCAUUUGCCCUGCAAGGUUUGUAAUUGAUCAGUAAUUCAAAUAAUGUGCGUGUGUGUGUGUGUGUGUGUGUGUGCGCGUACGCGCGCACAUGUUUAAGAAAGCAGAAGACCCAAAGAGUAUCUCUAUUAAUUUGGGACUAUUUUGAUCCUGGGUUUUUGGUGGUUGCUGUAUUUUUUUUUUCACUUGAGGCUUCAGUAAAUAUAAUCAUGAAUUUUCUGCUCUAUAUAACAGGCAUCUAUUUUGGAGCUGCUGCUUAAAGACAGUUGCUUAUUGUUUAAAUGUAAUACAGCUCUCAUUGUUCAACAAUUCAACAAUUUGUAUCCUUUUCAUUUUGGGAAUAUCCCAGGGUUUGCUGUACAUAGAUUCUUGCUUAUUUAUGUGCAAUCAAUCCCCAUUCACUUUGAUUGCAUUUUUAUUGAAUUUUUGCCUUAAUACAAAGAUUUAUGUAGCAUUAUAUGCUAUUUGAAAAGUGUAUUCAGUGACCACAUGGACUAAAUUGAUAGUUUUGGUGACCACAACCCUCUGUUUAUCUUUUUAAAGAAGGCACUUUCGACCGGACAUUCCAUUGAAAUGUCCUCUCAUUUCGAUAAUAAAUAUAUCCAAAAGGCUUCAGUAAGCUUCUGUCAGGGUCAUGCACCCUCCAAGGUGUCCCAAGAUAUAGGUCCUGAUUUCAAGGAGAUUUUGAUUUAAUGGUGUGGGGAGUAAAGUCAUAGAAUUACAAAUUUAGAACUCCAAGGGAGCUUGAAAGUUAAUUAGUCCAACUAUUUUAUUUAUAUAUGAGCAAACAGAGGCUAAGAGUUGGGAGUAAUCACAGAAAGCUCUAGUGAGAACCAGAUUUGAACCUUCACAGAAGGCAGAGUUCACAGGGACCUUUAAUACUGACUCCUGGAAAUAGAAUAAAUAGUUCUAUAUAUAUGAUUUGGGGAUAUGAGGGGAAAAUAACAGAAACUUUCCUCCAGUGACAAAGCCAAGUGGAAACCUAAAUUAAUUAUAUGGUUAGCUGAAUUACUUAAUUCAAAUUCUGGGGCAUAAAUGAUUCCACAAUUUACUAUUUCACUCUGUAGCAUAAUAUAAUACUGUUCUUCAAAGAAAAGGACAAUGUGGCUGACCUAUCACCAUUAGGAUAUAAAUAUGGCCAAUUUCAUAGUAGUGAUUGAUUUGUAUGGAACCAUCCUCAUAUGCACCUUUGUUACAAGUAGCACUUAUUUGUGAAAUGAUGGGACUGAAUUUGUGGCCAUGGGACAAAGCAAAUCUCACAUGGAAAUUUAACUCAUAAUCUUGGCUUCAUUAGCUCUUGUGCUCUAACCACUGAAGUUAACCUGCUAGAGACAGUUUUGUCUAUUGAUAUCUAAAUAUAGGAUGUAGAUAACUUGUGAAUUUUUAACACUUCUUCAGGUUAAUUUGGUCUUGUGGGUACAUAGGUCAUACUGUUUAUUAUAAGUGUUCUAUAUCAGUGCUCACUAUAAUAGAGGAACUACUGCCAUCUUUGAUUAAGGCCACAGAUUUUAGUAAUUCUAGGUGACCAAUAGGUAACUGAUGGGUAUUUGACUUUCUUUUGUCAGGAAACCAUAAUCUUAGAAGUAAGGUGUCUCAUUUUGAAAACCUCAAAUGAAGUAAAGAAAAUCUCCCCCAUCUGGUCCCUUCUAGCACAAACUGUGCUAGAGAGAGGGAGAAAAGCUUUGGUUUCCAGUAUAGAAGGAAGCUGGCUCACUCUGGGCCUGCUGAUGUUUCUAAUGCAAUUUAGAAACUACAGUAAACAUGAAUUAACAAAAUUUUUUUUUCUGUCAAUAUAAAAUCUGCUUCAUCAAAUGCUAUCAUUGAAGAAAAAUAGAAAAUACCAUUAUAUUAACGGUUCAAAUAAAGAAAUGCUUUGUAUUAGA